AGGCUGUGGGUAAGACAGCUCGACAUUUCCCUGCCGUUUGGGUGUCUGCGCUGCUUGUCAGGAGGAUGGUCCAGGGGCAGACGGUUCUGGAGAGCCGGGGAAGAUGAGGGGCAUGUGGAUGAGUGCUGGCUGAGAGACCGGCGCGGCCACACCUCGGACAUGGGUUGCACCACCAGCGUGGUCCUGUUUAAAGGAAUCCGCAUGGUUUUCGAGAGGAACUGUGCUUACAUGUGCAAACAGCCAGGCGAGAGUAACGUCCUUGAAUAUACAGCCUACCCCUGGACAAAAGAGGAUUCGGAACUAUUGAUUGCCUCCUGCCUGGCGAAGCCCAAGCUGAUCGAGCCGCUGGACUAUGAGAAUGUCAUCGUGCAGAAGAAGACGCAGAUCCUCAAUGACUGCCUGCGGGAGAUGCUGCUCUUCCCCUACGACGACUUCCAGACGGCCAUUCUGAGGCGGCAGGGCCGGUACAUCUGCUCCACCGUGCCCGCCAGUGCGCAGGAGGAAGCUCAGAGCUUGUUCGUGACAGAGUGCAUCAAGACCUACAACUCGGACUGGUUCCUGGUGAGCUACAAAUAUGAAGAUUAUUCCGGCGAGUUCCGGCAGCUUCCAAACAAAGCCAUCAAAUUGGAUAAGCUCCCGGUGCACGUCUACGAAGUUGACGAGGAGGUCGACAAGGAUGAGGAUGCCGCGUCCCUCGGCUCCCAGAAGGGGGGCAUCACGAAGCACGGGUGGCUGUACAAAGGCAACAUGAACAGCGCCAUCAGUGUGACCAUGCGGUCAUUUAAAAGACGGUUCUUCCACCUGAUUCAACUUGGGGACGGAUCCUACAAUUUGAAUUUCUACAAAGAUGAGAAGAUCUCCAAAGAGCCCAAGGGCUCCAUCUUCCUGGACUCGUGCAUGGGGGUGAUCCCGAACAACAAAGUCAGGCGUUUUGCCUUCGAGCUCAAGAUGCAGGACAAAAGCAGCUACCUGCUGGCGGCGGACAGCGAGGCCGAGAUGGAGGAGUGGGUCACGGUCCUCAACAAGAUUCUCCAGCUCAACUUCGAGGCUGCCAUGCAAGAGAAGCGAAACGGGGAUGCCCACGAAGAUGAUGAGCAGAGCAAAUUGGAAGGUCCUGGUUCCGGUUUAGAUAGCUACCUGCCCGAGCUCGCCAAGAGUACCAGAGAAGCAGAAAUCAAGCUGAAAAGCGAGAGCCGUGUCAAACUCUUCUACUUGGACCCAGAUGCCCAGAAACUUGACUUCAUCCCAGCCGAGCCGGAAGUGAGGCCGUUCGAAGAGAAGUUUGGGAAACGGAUCCUCGUCAAGUGCAACGACCUGUCUUUCAACUUGCAGUGCUGCGUCGCAGAAAACGAGGAGGGACCCACCACCAAUGUGGAGCCUUUCUUUGUCACUCUCUCCCUCUUCGACAUCAAGUACAACCGGAAGAUUUCUGCUGAUUUCCAUGUGGACCUGAACCAUUUCUCAGUGAGGCAGAUGCUGGCCGCCACCCCCACGGGCCUGGUGAACGGUGGGGGGCAGAGCCCCCCAGCCCUGCAGGGCCUCCUGCACGAGGCCGCCAUGCAGUACCCGAAGCAGGGGAUAUUCUCCGUCACGUGUCCACACCCCGACAUCUUCCUCGUGGCCCGAAUCGAGAAGGUGCUUCAGGGCAGCAUCACGCAUGGCGCCGAGCCCUACAUGAAGAGCUCCGACUCCUCGAAGGUGGCUCAGAAGGUGCUGAAGAACGCCAAGCAGGCGUGCCAGCGACUGGGACAGUACCGAAUGCCCUUUGCUUGGGCGGCCAGGACCCUGUUUAAGGAUGCAUCUGGAAACCUUGACAAAAACGCCAGAUUUUCUGCUCUCUACAAGCAAGACAGCAACAAGCUCUCAAAUGAGGACAUGCUCAAGUUCCUGGCCGACUUCCGGAAGCCCGAGAAGAUGGCCAAACUCCCCGUGAUCCUGGGCAAUCUGGACAUCACCAUCGAUAACGUGUCUCCCGACUUCCCUAACCACGUCAACUCGUCCUACAUUCCCACGAAGCAGUUCGAGGCCUGUGUGAAGACCCCCAUCACGGUCGAAGUGGAGGAGUUUGUCCCCUGCAUCCCCAGGUACACGCACCCUCACAGCAUCUACAGCAACCACCUCUACGUGUAUCCCAAGUACUUGAAAUACGACAGUCAGAAGGCGUUUGCCAAGGCCAGAAAUAUUGCCGUCUGCAUCGAAUUCAAAGAUUCGGAUGAGGAAGAUGCUCAGCCCCUGAAGUGCAUUUACGGCCGGCCCGGUGGGCCCGUGUUCACGAGAAGCGCCCUGGCCGCCGUGUUACACCAUCACCAGAACCCCGAGUUCUAUGAUGAGAUCAAAAUAGAGCUGCCCACCCAGCUGCAUGAGAAACACCACCUGCUGUUCACCUUCUUCCACGUAAGCUGCGACAAUUCCAACAAAGGGAGCACCAAAAAGAAGGACGUCGUUGAAACCCAAGUUGGAUACUCCUGGCUUCCUCUCCUGAAAGACGGACGGGUGGUGACCAGUGAGCAGCACACGCCCGUCUCGGCCAACCUCCCCGCCGGCUACCUCAGCUACCAGGAGCUCGGGAUGGGCAGGCAUUGCGGCCCAGAGAUCAAAUGGGUGGACGGCAGCAAGCCUCUCCUGAAGGUGUCCACGCACCUGGUGUCCACUGUGUAUACUCAGGACCAGCAUUUACAUAAUUUCUUCCAGUACUGUCAGAAAACCGAGUCUGGAGCCCAAGCCUUGGGGAGUGAACUUGUCAAGUAUCUUAAGAGCCUACAUGCCAUGGAGGGCCAUGUGAUGAUCGCCUUCCUGCCCACCAUCCUCAACCAGCUCUUCCGCGUCCUCACCAGGGCCACCCAGGAGGAAGUGGCUGUCAACGUGACCCGGGUCAUCAUCCACGUGGUGGCACAGUGCCACGAGGAGGGGCUGGAGAGCCACUUGAGGACCUAUGUUAAGUAUGCUUAUAAAGCUGAGCCUUAUGUGGCUUCCGAGUAUAAGACUGUCCAUGAGGAGCUGACCAAGUCCAUGACCACCAUUCUCAAGCCUUCCGCCGACUUCCUCACCAGCAACAAACUGCUCAAGUAUUCCUGGUUUUUCUUCGAUGUUCUGAUCAAAUCCAUGGCCCAGCAUCUGAUAGAGAACGGCAAAGUCAAGUUACUGCGCAACCAGAGGUUUCCGGCCUCCUAUCACCACGCCGUGGAAACGGUGGUGAACAUGCUUAUGCCGCACAUCACCCAGAAGUUCCGCGAUAACCCGGAGGCAUCGAAGAAUGCCAACCACAGCUUGGCCGUCUUUAUCAAGCGAUGUUUCACCUUCAUGGACCGCGGCUUCGUCUUCAAACAGAUCAACAACUACAUCAGCUGCUUUGCGCCCGGAGACCCCAAGACCCUCUUUGAGUACAAGUUUGAGUUUCUCCGGGUGGUGUGUGACCACGAGCACUAUAUCCCUUUGAACUUGCCGAUGCCAUUUGGGAAAGGCAGGAUUCAGAGGUACCAAGCUUUUCUUUCACCAUCUGUGGAGUCUGAUGGCACUCCCGUAGACCUGCAGCUCGAUUACUCCCUGACGGACGAGUUCUGCCGGAACCACUUCCUGGUGGGGCUGCUGCUUCGGGAGGUGGGCACGGCCCUUCGGGAGAUGCGGGAGGUGCGCCUCAUCGCCAUCGGCGUGCUCAAGGGCCUGCUCAUCAAGCACUCCUUCGACGACAGAUACGGCUCCCGGAGCCACCAGGCACGGAUCGCCACACUCUACCUGCCUCUGUUUGGCCUGCUGACAGAGAAUGUCCAGCGUGUCAAUGUGCGGGAUGUGUGCCCUUUCCCCGUGAACCCCGGCAGUACGGUGAAGGAAGAAGCCCUGGGCUUGCCUGUGGUCACCCCACUGGUGACGCCGCAGAAGUCGGGAGGCACGCUGGACGCCAGCCUGCACAAGGACCUGUUCGGGGCCAUCUCUGGCAUCGCAUCCCCAUACACGGCAUCCACGCCCAACAUCCACAGCGUGCGCAAUGCUGACUCCCGGGGCUCCCUCAUCAGCACGGACUCGGGGAGCAGCCUCCCAGAGAGGGCCAGUGACAGGAGCGGCUCCCUGGACAAGCACCAACAAGGCGGCACUUUGGGGAACUCCAUGGCGCGCUGUGACAAACUGGACCAGUCUGAGAUCAAGAGCCUGCUCAUGUGCUUCCUGUACGUCUUAAAGAGCAUGUCCGACGAUGCUUUGUUUACCUACUGGAACAAGGCUUCGACCUCUGAACUUAUGGACUUCUUUACCAUAUCUGAAGUCUGCCUGCACCAGUUCCAGUACAUGGGGAAGCGCUACAUAGCCAGGACCCCGGAGGGGUUGGGAUCGCUAGUUCAUGAUCGAAACUCUCAGACCUUGCGUGUUUCCCGUAACAGAACAGGGAUGAUGCAUGCCAGAUCGCAGCCGCUGGGCAGCCUGGAUAACUCUCUCCCUUUUAACCACAGCUAUGGCCACUCGGACGCCGACGUCCUCCACCAGUCCUUCCUGGAAGCCAACCUGGCCACAGAGGUGUGUCUCACGGCCCUGGACACGCUCUCGCUCUUCACGCUGGCCUUCAAGAACCAGCUGCUGGCAGACCACGGGCACAACCCACUCAUGAAAAAGGUGUUUGACGUCUACCUGUGCUUCCUCCAAAAACACCAAUCGGAGAUGGCCCUGAAGCACGUCUUCACCGCCCUGCGCUCAUUCAUUUAUAAGUUCCCCUCCACCUUCUACGAGGGGCGCGCGGACAUGUGCGCGGCGCUCUGCUACGAGAUCCUCAAGUGCUGCAACUCCAAGCUGGGCUCCAUCCGCACCGAGGCCUCGCAGCUGCUCUACUUCCUCAUGCGCAACAACUUCGACUACACGGGCAAGAAGUCCUUCGUGCGCACGCACCUGCAGGUGAUCAUUUCCGUGAGCCAGCUGAUCGCGGACGUGGUGGGCAUCGGUGGCACCAGGUUCCAGCAGUCCUUGUCCAUCAUCAACAACUGCGCCAACAGCGACAGGCUCAUCAAGCACACCACCUUCUCCUCGGACGUCAAGGACCUGACCAAGCGCAUCCGCACGGUCCUCAUGGCCACGGCGCAGAUGAAGGAGCACGAGAACGACCCCGAGAUGCUGGUGGACCUGCAGUACAGCCUGGCCAAGUCCUACGCCAGCACGCCCGAGCUGCGGAAGACGUGGCUGGACAGCAUGGCCCGGAUCCACGUCAAGAACGGGGACCUGUCCGAGGCGGCCAUGUGCUACGUCCACGUCACCGCGCUUGUGGCAGAGUAUCUCAUGCGGAAAGGGAUGUGCCGACAGGGGUGCUCAGCCUUCAGAGUCAUCACCCCCAACAUCGAUGAGGAGGCCUCCAUGAUGGAAGACGUGGGCAUGCAGGACGUCCACUUCAAUGAGGAAGUGCUCCUGGAGCUCCUGGAACAGUGCGCGGACGGGCUGUGGAAGGCCGAGCGCUACGAGCUCAUGGCCGACAUCUACAAGCUCGUCAUCCCCAUCUACGAGAAGCGCAGGGACUUCGAGAGGCUGGCGCACCUCUAUGACACUCUACACCAGGCCUACAGCAAAGUGACCGAGGUCAUGCACUCGGGCCGGAGGCUGCUGGGCACCUACUUCCGGGUGGCCUUCUUCGGACAGCAAUACCAGUUUACAGACAGUGAAACAGAUGUGGAGGGCUUCUUUGAGGACGAGGAUGGGAAGGAGUAUAUUUACAAGGAACCCAAACUCACGCCUCUGUCGGAGAUCUCACAGCGACUCCUGAAGCUCUACUCGGCUAAGUUCGGUUCCGAAAACGUCAAGAUGAUUCAGGAUUCUGGCAAGGUCAACCCGAAGGAUCUGGAUUCCAAGUUCGCCUACAUCCAGGUGACCCACGUGACCCCUUUCUUCGACGAGAAAGAACUGCAGGAGCGGAGAACCGAGUUCGAGAGGAGCCACAACAUCCGCCGCUUCAUGUUCGAGCUGCCGUUCACGCAGGGGGGCAAGCGGCAGGGGGGCGUGGAGGAGCAGUGCAAGCGGAGGACCAUCCUCACAGCCAUCCACUGCUUCCCGUACGUGAAGAAGCGGAUCCCCGUCAUGUACCAGCACCACACAGACCUGAACCCCAUCGAGGUGGCCAUUGACGAGAUGAGCAAGAAGGUGGCCGAGCUCCGCCAGCUGUGCUCCGCGGACGAAGUGGACAUGAUCAGGCUGCAGCUGAAGCUCCAGGGUAGCGUCAGUGUGCAGGUCAAUGCGGGCCCGCUGGCGUAUGCCCGGGCUUUCCUGGACGACACUAACACCAAAAGAUACCCAGACAACAAAGUGAAGCUGCUGAAGGAAGUCUUCAGGCAGUUUGUGGAGGCCUGCGGCCAGGCCUUGGCGGUCAAUGAGCGUCUGAUCAAGGAGGACCAGGUCGAGUACCAGGAGGAGAUGAAGGCCAACUACAGGGAGAUGGCCAAGGAGCUGUCGGAGAUCAUGCGCGAGCAGAUCUGCCCUCUGGAGGAGAAGGCCAGCGUGCUGCCCAACUCCGUCCACAUCUUCAACGCCAUCAGCGGGACCCCGACCAGCACCAUGGUCCACGGCAUGACCAGCUCGUCCUCCAUCGUGUGAGCCCCUGCCGUGGGGGGCCAACUCAGGAUGAUUCC